CACGAAACCCCCUGACAAAAUGGUCCAUGUGCCAGGGGGCAAGUUCUGCUGCAGUGCCAGGUGAAGCCUGAACAGGUGAAGGCGCACUCACGAGGGCAAAAUCAGAGGCAGGUUUUGAAUCAACAAAAGUCGAUCGCCUCACGAGGGAGCUUCUCUUUCUAGUUCCAGGUUUCCUUGGUCUUCAAGCAGAUUCCAGGUCUCGGAAAAAAGGAGCUGCGCAGUGCCAAACGGCAUGCGGCCCCCUUCUUUUAGCUGAUGUGCGCACGCACGGUGGAUUACUUUACCCAAACCAUGGCCGACGCUCGGUGAUCUUCUGAUGUUAGCACAUCAGAAUGUGUAAUAUGGUUGCUUGAGCUGGGGUUAGCGGGGUGCGAUGCCGCACCCAUCAGUGGUUUUGGCUACGGCAGGGUACGAUCACACAAUCAGGUUCUGGGAGGCUACCAGCGGCCGAUGCUACAAGACUCUGCAGUAUACUGAUUCUCAGGUGAAUCGGCUGGAGAUCACACCCGACAAGCAGUACAUAGCCGCCGCCGGCAAUCCGCACAUCCGCCUUUUUGAGGUCAACUCAAACAACCAGCAGCCGUUGACCAGCUAUGAUGGCCACACGAAUAACGUCACGGCAGUCGGGUUCCAGUGCGAUAACAAGUGGAUGUACUCGGGAUCGGAGGAUGGCACGGUGAAGAUAUGGGACCUCAGGGCUCCCGGAUGCCAGCGCGAGUACGAGAGCCGCGCAGCGGUGAACACCGUCGUUCUGCACCCCAACCAAACGGAGCUCAUUUCCGGCGACCAGAACGGGAACAUCCGAGUGUGGGACCUGAACGCGAACUCGUGCAGCUGCGAGCUCGUUCCGGAAGUCGAUACCGCCAUUCGGUCGCUGACGGUGAUGUACGAUGGGAGCCUCGUGGUUGCGGCAAAUAACCACGGGACGUGCUAUGUGUGGCGCCUGUCGAAGGGGAGCAAGAUGACGACCAACUUCGAGCCGCUGCACAAGCUGCACGCGCACAACGGGUACAUCCUCAAGUGCUUGCUUAGCCCCGAGUUCUCCGAACCCAACCGGUACCUGGCCACCACCUCGUCCGACCACACGGUGCGCAUCUGGAACGUCGACGGAUUCGGCCUCGAGAAGACGCUUGUGGGUCAUCAGCGGUGGGUGUGGGAUUGCGUCUUCUCGGUCGAUGGGGCGUAUCUAGUCACAGCUUCAUCGGACACCACUGCACGUUUAUGGGAGCUGAGCACCGGCGAGGCAAUUCGUGUUUACAGCGGGCACCACAAAGCGACGGUCUGCUGCGCUUUGAAUGACGGCACGGAGCCGCAAGCCUAAUUGCGGGUCUUCAAGAAUACUAACACAGUGUUGCAUGGAAUUCGGGUUCUGCUGGCACGGGGCAAGUCUCAAGUGUGUGGAUAAAGCGCCGUCCUGCGCUCCUCAAAUAAUCAUUGUUCAUGUCGCCGUAGAAUCCAGUCUACGAUGUAUUUUGUGUGCAGUGCCCGGUGUACAUAGGGGUACUCGACCUGACAAUUGCCCCGUUGGACUUGACGCAAGAAGUUUAUGCAGACGCUUUGCUAAUGGACUGAGAAAAUGUUGCAUUUCGUUCUGGCCAUGGUUCAUUUACUACGUACUACGGUAGCUAGGGUUUGACUCAUUGUCGGCACAGCGAAACGUCCCGCCGAAGCUGCCAAAGCUUGCAGUGAAAAUUAGAAGUAUCCAAUUAAGGCUACUAGAUCGUGACGUCCAACAGUACGGCCGCCCACGAUUAGGAUGCAAUCAGGCGCGCGGCUGCGCCAGCCGCCAAAAACUUAGAAGGUUUGGCAGAUGAAGGAAGCUUGAUUGGUUAAUGUCCUGCACCCCCAGCU